GUGGACCCGUCGUCGUCGCUGGAGAACUCUCCGCGCUCGUCGCUGGACUGCCUGCCGUCGCUGCUGCGCGACGUGCGGGCGGAGGGGGCGCCGCCCACGUCAGGCACCGGCACCGGUACGGGCACGGGCACCGGCACCGGCGCCGGGACCGGGACGGGGACCGGCACGGGCACGGGGUCGGGGUCGUCGAGCGCGGCGCGCGCCAACGCCGCCACCGACACGGAGGGGCUGGCGCCGGGCGCGCUGCUGGCGCUGGCGGCGGCCGCCGCCGGCACCCUCGACUCGCGCGCGGCGCCGCCGCCAGCCCUCUGCCGGGCUCGUACCGCGGCGACAGCUGCGCGCAGCUUCGAGGGACGGCUGCAGCCAGACGGAGCGCAAGGACCUGAGCAAGGCCCUGCCAGCCCAGCGCGCCGCCCGCCCGCGCGCUCGACUCGCCCUCCUCGGCACCAAGCACUACCACCACCAUCACCACCACCAACACACCGUGCGGCGCGCGGAGGCGGGGGAGGUGGCGGGGGCGGGGCUGCGCCCGCUGCGAAAGUGCCAAACUUUGAGCGUGAGAUUCAGAAGUUGCUCGAGGACCAGAACCUUCUUAAAAAUAUUCCUCCCAAGUCGGACAGGACUCACCAAAACAAAGAGAUAAUAUCUUUAGAAGAGCUGAAGAACGUGAAUCAGGUUCUGGCGGAACUCGGCCAGUGCAGCUACUUGGACCGACAAUAUGUGGGCAGGUAUGUAGAGGACCAGGCCAGUCUGGCCCUUAGUAAUGCCAACAAUAAUUCUAGCACAAGCUCUCAUGCCAGUCGUCACGUGGGGCUCGCCGCCAUCCAAGAGUUGGUGCGAACGCAGUUGGAUAACUCCGCUGUUCAAGUUGGUGCUUGCAAGCAACCUUCGCAGUGUCUCAUUGAUCCGACCGCUCCAGUUCUUUGGUAUGAAAGGGGAAGCAGCAAGGAAGGGUCUUUAAAAAGGGCGAGGGAGCCCUCGCCUCCGGCACCGACUGAGGAUUCUGCAAAAGAAGAGUUCAUUGCAACACUGUUGCAAAGAAAGUGUUCUCCUACUGGUUUGAGCAAUAGUAAAUUUCCCGUUCGGUCCAGCCAGCCGCCUGCAGACUCUGGCCAAGGGGUGCAGCCAGCUCCCAUCGCCAGAAGUGUGGAGAAAGAAUCAAAUAAAUUUGAUGACCUGGAGAGCAACUUAGACAAUGAAGCAGAAGAUAAGAAGGAUAAUAGUGAUGUUGAGAGUUUUGAACGUGAGGAACAACGCAUUGCUGAAGAAGUAGAACAGCAGCCUGUAGAUGAAGAAUUGGAAGCAGAAGUGAAACGAAUUUUAGAGCAGACAGCUCGGCAGCAAGAAGCAGCUAUGGGAGAAACAAGUCAGUCCGAGUGGAGCCAGUCAGAGGAGGAAGACGAAGAGGGAGCAGCUUCGGAGCCCCUUUUGGCUGACCGGGAAUCCACUGGCUAUACAACAGAUGAUCCUGCUUUGGAGAACAUUUCAAUGAUCAAUGAAACAGGCCUUACAGAUGCAGAAGGUGCACUGAGUGAUGUAAAUUCAGUGUUCAAUGACCCUGGUCAUGACGGUGAUAUGGAUGACAACACAAGCAUGUCAUCACGUGCAUCAUCUCGUAUUUUUGACUCUGAUGCCAUGAUGAGCCUGGACUCUUUGAGUGCAUUGUACGAUUCUGAAUAUGAUAAUUGCUAUCGCACAGAUGAUGAUGUAAAUGUUACUGAUGGUGUGCCUGACUUGGAUCGCAUAGACUAUUUUGCUGCCGUGACGACAGAUGCAGACAUUAAUUUAGCAAACAUUCGUUCUAUGUCAGAAAGCAUCACUCGAAACUUUGGGCAACCAAGGAGUGAGACUGAUCCUGAUAGUGAUGUAUGAGAGCACUGGCAGUUUCUCGUGUUUUUUUAAUGUUUGUUGCAAGUAAUUGUUGAGAUUCAGGAACAGCGGUGACACUCCAGACAUUGCUAAAAGAAAAAUCUAGAGAAGCCUGAGUAAUAAAACAUUUUUAUCAGGCUCGCAAGCAAUGUUGAAGCUGCUGUGUAGCAAUAACAAAACACAUUUACGCAACAUUAGAGUAGAAACAACAAAAAGUGAAAUGGCUUCAUAAAGUUUGGGUUAUUUAUGUUCACUGAAAUGAAAUUCAGAAAAGAGACUUUUGAAGUUUCACUCACUGCAAAAGGUUUUGAAAAAGUCUUCUAAUAUGAUAUUAGAAAGUUUAAGGGUAUGAUCUUCCCAAAGAUUAAUUUUACAUUUUAUUAACAGGGUAAGGGAUAUUAAGAGGGAAAACUACAUUAUUUUAAAACUUUACUAGUAAAAGUUAUUUUUUCCUCCACAAUAAUGGCAAGAUGUCUCAGGAUUGUUUUCCAGAUUAUAUGUUACCGAAUUGAAUAUUCCUUUUCUUUCUUUUCCCCCCUUUCAUUUUAAAGAUUACUGGGAUUUUGUUUUGCUAUUUUUUCAAAGAGUCACCACAUGAUUUCUUUUUAAAUGAGGCUUUAGUCACAAUACACAUUUGAGCUGAAGUAUAAUUACUUUAUAUUCGCCCACUCUGAAAACCUGUUGAACUUGUUUAAUUUUUGACUCAUCUUUGUUUCUGAUUUAAAAGUGAAUUAAAGAAAUAUUGAGAAAUAGGCAUGUAGUAACCCAGGACGCAUAUCACAAAACCUUGAAUUUUCAGCCAAUUUAUUUUCUUGUCAUUUCUCUUAUACAAACAGCUUACAUUGGCAAGUUGUGGAAUAUUGGUCCACAUUCAACUUGAUAUACAUAUAAGAUCCUGAGAAUAAUCUUGCAUCCCCAGAUCACAUAGUAAUUGGAAAAUGAAGUUAAAAGAACAUUUUUAUAAAGAUUAGUUAACCACUUUAUCUUCCUCUUUUUUCUGAAUUGCCAUUACUUCCUUAAAGAAUCACAAAACGAAAGCUCUCAUAAGAGUUUUUUGUUUAGUUUUGUUGGGCAUACCCUGCUAGUGCAACUUCAACCCCUCUUAGUUGUUAGAAUGCCCUUUAAUGGUACAACACACAUUUGACUGAAAAAUAAAUUAUAAGAGUAUGAUGCACGUACAGACUGCUGUAAGACUGAUUUUAAGCAUGAAUUGGUCUUGUUGAAUGAUAAAGUGGCUAAAUAUGAAGAAAAUUCCUAUAAGUGGAAAAGCUCUUGUGUUUAGGAGUGCUUCACAUCAAAUGACAUUAAAUGAAUUUAUAUUACAAGAUAUUGAAUGUAGAGAAUAAUUUACCAGUGCUGAAUUUAAAUCCAAAACUCAAGCUCGUGAAUAGAAGUGACUGAGUUACAUUUUACUUUCCUGUUAUUAUGAAUUCGUGUGUUCAAAAUUUAGAAAUAAAACAUUGUGAUAGGACAGAAAUGCCAAGUACUAUAAAUUGGAGUAAAAAAGUAGAGCUUUAAUUCAUUUAUGUUUUCAAAGUUAUCGGUAUUUCAAAAAGGUGCUGCAGUUUCUUCCCUGGUGUCAGUCUUGUUCUCUGGAAUGUGUGGGAAAUGUCUACUGUGAUAAUCACCCACACUGCCGCAAUGUGUGACCCUAGGUCUCUUAAUUCAGAACAAAACUAAGCCAUGGAAAUGUUCUGUUUUCACAUAAAAUUAGUUGCUUUGUCAUCAGGCAAAGUAUAAUUUGUUUGUAAUAGUUGUUUAAUACUGUUAUGUGUGACAGAAAGUGUACAUAGUAGAUAUAUUAUUUUGUUUUGAUAAUUCUUUUCUAGAUAUUACAUUGUGUUAAAUAUUACAAUAUCUGUGAAUUUACAUGUAUAUUUCUGUAGUAAUUUAUUUGGGAGUUCUUGAUAGUUUAUGUAGUUUACAACUCAAGUUUCUAAAUCAAUGGAAGUGGCCUCAGAAGGUAAAGAAGAAGGAAUGUUUUUGAAUCUGAAUGUAAAUUCAAGAAUUUGUGAUUGUAAUCAAUUUUCUUAUUAUGUUGUUUGAAGUCUUUUUUUUCCUUUCUUCUCUUCUAGAGCAGCUGGAAUUUAUAUGGUGAUACAAAAUUUGUAACUUGUUUAUCAGUGUGCCUCCUUUGUAUAGCUGUUGAAUGAUGCAAAUUUAUUGUGAUUCUAGUCUUUCAAAACCACUAUUAUUUAACAAAAUAUGAACAAAAGAACAUUAUGAUUAUUAACUUCACACUUAUCUGGAGUAUUGCAAUUUCUCGAAGUGCAUACCUUAAUGGGAAUUUAAAAUCCCAAAGAUAUUUGAAAGUGCCACUUGGCAAAGUACAUAUGCGGGUUUGAACUGUUUGUUAUACUGUUACCAUGUUCUUUUAUUAUUACUAUUAUUAAUGUUUAAUUUACAGUGUUAUUUCUAGAAAGCCAUAUAACAUUUUAAUAUCAAAAUUUUGAACUAAAUGUAGAUAUAUCUGUGAGAGUGCAGAAACCCUAAAUACAUUUUACUGACUAAAAGCAUAAUAUACUCAUACUAUGAAGAAUACAAGAUAGUUUGUAAAUGAUUAGAGGUUGUUCAGGGUAGGUAGGUUUUCCAAAGGAUCAACUACAUUUGUUUGGUAAAUUAAAUACUUCUUCUUCUGACAGGGGAUUUUACAGACAUCAUAUUGUACAAUGAUUAAAACUGUACAGUGUUAAAAUUCUUUGUAAUAUCUAAUGCAAGAACUAUAAUUUUUUAAACCAAGGAUGUGAACUAAGGGUAUUAAAAUUGCUCCAAUACUGAUGAGAUAUUGACUGGUCAGAGAAUUAUUUAAGAGCUUAAUACUUCAUGCUGAAAAACUCAAAAAUGAUGUAAUAUUUUCUGCUACAGCUUUUGAACUUCACAAACAUUGAAAGAAAUUAAAGUUUAAAGCACAAGACAUAACAAUGAUUUGAUGUUUUGUUACUUAAGAAAAUUUAUUUUGCAUAAUGCUUAUGCUCAAUAGCUCUUACAUCUGAUGUGUACAAAGUUAGUGUAUUUUAUCAGAUGUUUAAUGUAGCCAAAUUCAAGCAAACAUUACUGAAAGUGUCUUCUGUAAUUAAAAUAAGAAUCUAUGAAUGGAAAUAUUUUCAAGACUUGCAUUCGCCUUCAUUUCACUACACCAGAUGUUCCUAUUUGUGAUUUGGAUUACUGCAGAUUUUAGAGACAUGUCUGCAGGGUAAUACUUCACUCAAUUUCAUUCUUAUCGCUUUUCUAAUGUUCAGAAUUGCAUUUUAUCUAAAUUAGUAUUUUUCAUAAUGUGCUGACCUACAUUAAUUAAAUGUUUUAAGUGUCUAAAUGAUGUAUGGAUGUGCUUGCACUUGAGGAAUAGAAAGGUUCCAUUCUACCCAGUGUCUUUGCUGAUACUCAGCCCUUUGUAAGACAGGUAUUUCCAUCAUUUGGAAAAUCAAAAGGUACUCUUUCCACCAUACCUUUCCAACAAGGCCAUUCCAUUGUUUCACGUGAUGCCUACAAUGCACCUUGACUUCAGUAGUAAUAAUUUAUGGAAGGGUUGUUUCUAAAUUGUUGGCUUUUUCAGAGUAGUCUCUAGUCUCAUAUUGUGGAUUUGUAACCUGAAACAAAUUUGAAAAGAAAGUGAUAACUUAUUCUUUACGUGAAAUAAAUUCUUUUUGCAUCUUUCAAAUAGCAAUUAUUUUUGUUUUAGUUUUAUAAAUGAUGUUCCUGCUUCUUUAAAGUACCAAACUUAAAGCAUAUGAACAAAAAUAUUCCUGAUUCUGUUUUACUGGUGUUAUAAGAACUAUUAAUAAUAAUUUUUAGUAAUAGAUCAAUUUGACCUAUAGUAUAAUUUGUAGGUGGUAAAUUAAAAUAACUUGAGAGAAUGAUAAUUUACUUUUAGUCAGACUGUGAAAUUGAUAAGUAGUAUUCAAACUCUGAAUGAAAUAUUGGUUUAGUGUUUAUCAAAAAAGAAACAUAUGCAAAAUAUCUCUAUUUAUGUAAAAGGACACAAUAUACAAUACUAUUCAGACAAACUUAGUCUCUAUUUGUGCAAUAUAUAUAAAUUUAAAUGCAAGACACUAGUGAUAUCAUGUUUCUAUAUGGAGCAAGUUUCACCCUCUUAAGAUCAACUCUAGGCUAAACAAGAAAAGAAAUUAAACAAGUAAAAUAAUGUGAAUGCUGUUUUGGACAAAAUUGUCCAAGACAGUUGAGAAAUGUCCCUUUUUAGAGUUGAAUUUUGUAGUAGGAAUCUACCUAUAAAAUGACUUAUUUGAAACUCAAAUGAUGUAAGACCCUAAAAGAGACCUCAAAAAAUAUUAUUUUUAAAGGUUCUUUUGAAAAUGAUACAACUUGUACUUUUUGAAGUUACAAAAAUAUAGAAUAAAUUUCAAUGAUAAAUAUUACAGGAUUAUGGAAUUAUUAAUUUUUUAAAUUAAAUAUAGCAUAUACUAAAUUUUCUGGAGAACUAAAAGAUCUAAAUUGUCCACAAAACUUUAUAAAGUUGUUACCUCAUUGUUGCAGUGCAUUUUACACAAGUUUUCCACCAUAUCCUGUAUAUAUGUAUCAGGGCAGAAAUUAAGAAUAAUUUUUUUCUGAACAAAAAUCUAUAAAAGAUUAUGACCUUUUGAUAAAUUAAUAAGAUUAAAAUUUUCAUUGAAUUAUCCUGCUCUUGGAAAAAUAAAUUUGGGACUUCGAAAGCAAGAAAGGACAUAAUAAUAAAUUGAGGUACUAACUUAUUUUUAAGAUCAUAAGAAUAAAUAUUUUCAAUUAAACAAAUUUUCUGGAUCUGGUGUCAUUUUUCACUGUUUUUCAAAGGUACCUUAUAUGAAGUAACACUGUUUUGGGAGUUUAUAAACAGGGGGGCUCUUUGUUCAACUAGGACCUCACCCAACCAGAGCCUUGCUUUCCAAAGCAUUAUCGUGGUCAGGGUCUUGUGCUGACAACCUUGCAUAAAUUAGGAAUAUUCCACUUAUGCUAAUAUGGGCCCCAUGCCACCUAGGUAUGAUUCUACCAACUACAGUCCCACACAAUUCAAGACUAUAUUUUUCUGAUUCCUUCGGGAGAUGAAUUUUGGCAGGUCAGAGUUCAGUUACCUUCGAUGCCAUCAAAGAUCAUCCAAUCUGCUAAACUGUACACUUCAUGUAAACUAGAGUUUGCGUUGAAAAUGAAUGUGUAGACAAUACUUCGUAGAUUCACUCACCUUAUAUCAUUUUCUAUAAUCUACUAUGUGAAAUAAUUAAAUGUCUCACAAUUUUGUGAUAUAUCUUUUCAUUUCAUUUUAUUUGAAUUGAACACUUUCUGUGAAUCAUGUACACUUAGAAAGUAAAACUAAAUCAGUUUCACAUUCCUGAAAGCCCAUGGCAAGUGCCAAUUGUGUAGAUAAACCAGCUUUGACUUCACCUCUUAACCUGAGAAACCCUUUGAACAUACUGUGUGUACUUUGAACAGCAAUGAGUACACCCUCCAGCACAAUUAUAAUAGUAAUAAUAUUUUAUUGAUUAUAGACUUGCAGAUAGUAUCAAGCAGUAUGUCUAGGAAUUAAUUAAUUAGGACCAUUACUCUAUCAAUUUUUUUUUGUGUUGUACCUCCCCAUAUUUCAAUACCAUAUUGAAGUUGUGAGAUUACGCUAUAAUAGAUUGAAAGAAGUACAUCUGUUUCCAGGUAUCUGGAAAAUAAAUAUAUGAUCUAUAAUUAUUGUGACCUUUCUUAUUUUAUUAUAAUUAGAGAUUAUAUAUCAAAUGUUACCCUACUGUUCACAUAUUUAAAUAGGUGAUCAAUUAUGUUCUUCUCACAGUUUAAUUUUAUUUUAUGUGAAUGACAAAUUGAUUCAAUCUAUGAGCUUUGUCAAACCCAUUCACUCUCUGUCAAGAACAACUUAUACAAGAGAAUACACAGCACGUAAGUGUUGUCAAGUACUUUAGGUAACAAUUUAGACUUAACUUUGAAUCAUUUUGAAAGUGUAAUAAUAAACCACAAUUUUGCCGUUAUCACUUUGAAGAAAAAUGUCUUUCAUAGGUUGUAAGGUUGUAAACAAAGAUUGACUUGAUAGCAAUUGUGAAAAUGAUAGUUAAAUGCACAACCUUUCUGAAAUUUUUCCAAAACAAUAUACCUAAUAAAAUAGCAAUUAAAACAUUUUAUAUUUUAAAGGUAAUUUCAAUAUAGUUGAUUCUAAUUUUCAACAAACUAAUUAAAUGUUAUUUAUUCAUUUUUUUUAUCCCAUUCUUCCCAUGCACUUUUGAAGACAUCCUAUGAUAAUGGCUAUUGGUAGUUGUGACUUUCAACCAGUAAUAACCUAGAUUAAUUUUAUUAGUUUUCCUAUGCAGAUUUUGCAUGCUGUUAACUUGGGUGCUGAAGGCAAAUUUAAAAGAAUGAAGUAGAAAAUAUAUUAAUAUUUUAUGGCUGCAUAAAACCUGCAGGAGAAAACAUCAGUUCUACAACCUUCUACGCUAUUGAUUAAUAGUUUACAAUCAAAUAUCAAUCAUCAUUGGGGAAUAGAGCAGUUGAUGUGUAAGUUGCCUCUGCUUUUAAAGAUGAAAAAUAGCAUUUAAUGCGAUUUUCAUUCAAUGCCGUGCAUACCUAAUGCUCCACAAAUUGUUUCAUGGUUUGGGACAGGUAAGUUUUGCAUGUCAGACUGAUUUUCAUGGUAAUCAUGCAAUACUGAAAAAUCAGUAUUCAUCGAAAUUCAAUUCAAUCUAAUCAAAAUGCUCAAUCUUAAGAGAUUUUCAUAAAUAUGUGUAGAAUUAUGAGGGCAGACUAGAAAACAAGUCAUACAUACUCAAAUUUAGUUGCAACGCAAAUAUGAAUAAAAGUAAAUUGUACAUACACGUUCUCGGAUAUCCCUACUAAUGUUCAUUCUUUAAUGGUUUACACAAGAGUUCCAAGAAGUUUUUAUGUUAGUAAAUAAUUAUUUUUAAGAAAUAAAAAUUUUCCAUACAUAAACUAGCCAAAGAACCUUCUAUCAGCCUAUAAGGAAAGUAUUUUAGAUCUUUCUUAUGAAAUAAAAACAUAUUUAGCUCCUGCAAAUUAUCAACUUUCUUAUUCACAGAUCGCUAUUCAGUGUGGAUAAACAAUCAAUUCCCCCUAGUAGGUGUGAUUACUUCGCUUGCAAAUGAAUCAACUUCAGAUGAAACUUACAGUUAGUAGUAUAAAAAAAGGGUGCUGCAGUAUUAUGUUAGCAUUAGACUGAACAGAAAACGUGUUAUACCUUUCAAUUGGUGCCUGAAUGAAAUUUUGAUGUAUGAAUUCCAAAAAGAAGCCCUUUCCAAUAUUUCUGUCUUCUGAAAAACUCGCUCUACUCACGAAAUUAAAUUAGGCAACAAACUUUUAAGAUAUUGUUUAUUAAUAGUACAAUAUUUACAUAAACUAAAAUAUAUUUCAGGAUUUACUGGUCAUUUUCAUAAUCAGCAGGGUUCUUCCUCAUCAAUUGCUGAUGCUUCUUUUCCACACCAUCAUAUAUCAUAUACGCAACAGCAAACGGCGGCACAACGCGAAUCAGCAUACUCGCUAUACGCUUUACAGAGUUCGGAAAACCAUGAGAGAGAAGUCCUGCGAACGCUCGUUGUUCAAAGGGCGAUAAUUUGUACGUAAUAAUGCCCCGAAUUUUGGCCAAUUCUCCGAAGUGCAAACCCAUUUCUC